AAUGCAGUUAAAAAAAUGAGACAACGUUCCUCCAGAAUGAUAUCACAAAAGCACAUGACAAAACAGACUACACCAGAAAAUCCAUAUAACGUUUGGCAAUCCCCAAUCCAGAGUCCGGAGAGGUUGCUGCGUAUUAAUAUUGCACUACCCGUAAAGGAGCAUGUUCCCCGGAAAGGAGCUCCAAAUCCACCCGACAAACAAGACUAAAAACUAAAGUUACAAGACCUGCACAAAACCACAUAGUUACAACAGUGCAAACAAGAGCAUAAUUGAUAAAAAAAAAACAGACCAUGGGCACAGUAAAAAUAGUCCAAAGAUGUCAAAGGACUAUGAGUUCAAAAGAAAUCACCACAGUUUCCACAGACUCCGAGUCCGCCAAACCUCUGAGCCGACGACCAUCCCCUCCAGCACAGCUUCUCUGAGCACCAUCCUCUGCCAAACAUAUUAAGAUGGCCCCGCCAACGGCCAUCGGCAAUGCGAUCCCGAGGACUGGGGGCCUGUUCUUCCCAGCAGAGUCCCGAACCUCUCAGCAGCAGCAGCAACAAAGAAGGUCUUCCUGGAGAUUUCCUGAUGUUCCUCCGUGCUCAUAUGUCCAUUUUCAAUGGAUUAUGAUUGCGCAUGGCACCCCACUUCACAAAUAACAGAUAAUCAGUUCUGGAGUGGCCGCUGCAAGCUGCGUCGCGCCGCCAUCUUGUAUAUUUUCAUCCCCUCAGUUCUAAUCUGGUGCCCCCCCACUCCUAUUGAUUGAGGUUGCACUAUAGCUAUCUAUGCUGUUGAUGCAGCACCGUCUGCGCCUGACAAGACCAAUGCGCGUGUGGCAGUCUGUUACAAAAGUCUCAUCUAGAAAUGGUCUCAGCUCUGUUGGAGAUGCAGUGUUCCUUCCUAUGGGCCCAUUUGCCUUCUGCCUCUUUCAGAAAUCUUUCCUUGCCCGACUUGUUUCAGGGUCUUCUUCACCUGGUGUGGUCGGCUACAAGUUCCUCCCAGGCCUCAGUGUUGAUGUCCAGCGCUGUCAUGUCCCGCUUGCCAACAUCCUUGUAGUGUAGUUGCGGACGGCCAGCGAUUCUCUUGCCUGAAGCUAGCUCUCCAUAGAGGAUGUCUUUUGGGACGUGGCCAUCCUGCCUGCGGCAGACAUGGCCCACCAGCGCAGCGUACUCUGCUUGAGCAAGGUGUACACAGUAGGGAGGCCAGCAUGAGAGAGGACCUCAGCAUCAAGUACUCUGUCACUCCAGGAGAAGCCCAAGAUGUGACAAAGGCACUUUAAAUAGAAGGUGUCGAGCCUUCGCCCCUGCUUAACGUAUCUUGUCCACUUCUUGCUGUUGUACAGCAGUGUGCUGGUGACACAAGUGUUGUACACUGACAUCUUUGCUUUGACUGCGAGCUUGGAGUUCUCCCAGACUCAUGUGGUGAGGCAGCAAGAGUUGUUACAGCAACACAUACAACACGCUGGAGGAACUCAGCAGGUCAGACAGCAUCCAUGGAAAAGAGCAGUCAACAUUUCAGGCCGAGACCCUUCGUCAGGACCGAAACGUUGACUGCUUGUUUCCAAGGAUGCUGUCAACUGGGUGCUGGAUGCUGUCCAAUAGUAAUGACUAGUGGUGUUUCCACAUCUUGUCCCAAGAAGUUUUGUCUUUUUCAGGCUUGAUGGUCAGACCAAAUCCUUGCAGGCCUGGGAGAAGUGAUCCAUCAAGCUCUGGGGGUUCUGUGGAGGGCGGGUUGCAACAGUUGCAUAAUCAGUAGACAGGAUAUCUCUGAUCCUAGCAUUUUGGUUUUGGCUCUUAGGUGGGCAAGGUUGAAAAGCCUGCUAUCGGUUCUAGUGGGGAGUAGAUCUCCUCUGUUGCAGUGACAAAUGUGUGCCUCAGGAGAAGGGCAAAGAAGAUCCCGAAGAGUGUUGGGUGAGAACACAGCCUUGCUGCUUAUGCCAAAGGGCUCUGAAGAGCUGCCAUUGUACUACACAGCCCCCUUCUUGUUGCCUUGGAAGGAUUUGACCAUGCUUUGUAGUCUUGGCAGGAUCCUACCUUAGAGAAGGUCUGAAAGAGCCCGUCUCUGCUAACCAAGUCAAAUGCCCUUGGUGAGAUCAAUAAAUACAAGGUAGAGGGGUUUCUUUUGUCUCUGCACUUCUCCUGCAGUUGAUAGAGAGAGAAAAUCUCUGUGGACCUUCCAGCACAGAAGCCACUGACAUUAAACAAAAUCCAGUGACAUUAAACCCGGUCCUGAUUCAAGAGACCAUCUUCUCAUUGUCGUAUGACAGCCAGCACACACAGAAUGCUGGAGGAACUCAGCAAAUCAAGCAGCAUAAUUGGAGGCAAAUAAACAAUUCAGACUGAGACCCUUCAUCGGUCAUAAACAACCUUGGCCUUCAUGGGCAUUGAUUUUACACAAAAGGUGGUAUGAAUGUGGAAUGAGCAGCCAGAGGAAGUUGUUGAAGCAGGUACAACAAUACUUAGAAAGAAGUGGGCCAAACGCCUUACAUGGGCAACCUUGGUUGGCAUGGGCCAGUUGGGCAGAAGAGCCUCUAUGCUGUACCAUUCUGUGACUCAAAGUUCAAAGUAAAUUUAUUGUCAAAAUAUGUAUAUGUCACCAUAUACAAUCCUAGGAUUCUUCUUUCUUGUGAGCACACUCGAUGUAUCAUUACGUCUUCUCAACUAGAGUGCAGAAGACAACAAAUUGUGCAAAUAUAAAAAGAAGAAAUAAUAAAUAAAUGAACAAUAAAUAUCUAGAACAUGCCAUGAAGUGAGUCCAUGGGUUGUGGUAACAUUUCAAUGAUAGGGCAAGUGAAGUUAUCCCCUUUGAUUCAAGAGCCUGGUGGUUGAGGCUUCUCGAUAUUGCACAAGGAGAAUGAUAUUGGAUCUGGAGGAUGGUAUUUUAACUUACAACGACGCUGGUAGUGAAACAGGUCUGACAACCGAGAUUCAUUUACCUACGCCAGACAAUGCCAAACUUGGCCACGGAGUCAUUGCGCUUGCGUCAGAAGCAACGUGAUGACGAAACAGCAGGGCACGCAGGCCGCUUUAACCCGCACCAAGAUGGCGGAGGACGGGUUGUCCAGUGGCUGUUUUGGGCCUAUGCUCCGCGAUCUGACCGUCGACACCGCCUGCCGGUUGCUGGCAUGCGCGGGUCCGAUAGCCGUGCUCUCGGUAGAGAGAUACCGGCGGGACCCAGGGAGCGGCGGGAGCUUGCUGGAGGGCGCGGGUCCCGACAUGUACGACGUGAGCCUGAGCGACGGCCACUACCGUCUCCGAGCCACCCUGCGGCCCGCUCUCAACUACCUGGUCCGCAGCAACCAGCUGCACAGCGGCUGCGAACUGCGCGGGCUCCGCUUCGCGGUAGAGUACGACGAGAGGCGGGCCGGGGCGGGCGGCAGGAACUUCGUUGUCAUGGAGGCCCAGGUGAUAGUCGCUGCUAAUGGCGCUCCCUCGCCCCUCGUAAAGGGAGAGUGCUUCACGCAGCUGCCGGUGCUGGGGGAGGGGGGCGAACGUCGGGCGGGGCCAGAGAUGCCACUCAAAGCCCGGAGACGGUGCUAUCUCCCCCUGUGGGACUCCCUCGACUACUAUGGAGAUGUUUGGCACCUACGACCUGCAGACCAUCCCGUGGAAACUUCGCAAAGACGCCGAGUCACAGGAUCUGGGAGCAUUUUUCUGAGCCAACUAGAGGAAUCUAUCUUACAAAAGAGAAAAGGCAACCCACCGGUGGUCAUUCGUAUCCUUCGCAAGUGCCGGCUUUAUCAUUUUGGACAACCUGACAGAUAUGCAGAAUGCCCAUUCCAAGCCAAAUUCCUAGCAGCCGAUAAAUCAGGCUUAGUCACAUUAGUGUUGUGGAACUCCCUGUGCAUGGAUUGGUACAGAUAUCUGGAACCAGGGAUGGUAAUCCAACUGCACAACUAUGUUGUGAAGAAAAGUUAUGCAACACGGAUGGGGCUAGACCCCGGAGCUUCAAAGGAACCAGCCCUAGAGUUGAAUUUAAACCCAAGGAAUCCGGCAGCUGAAAUCACCGUGGUCAGUGCCGGGUCUGUGAGUGAAGAGUGGCAGUUACCACCACUGCAGUACUCCUUUGCCACCAGGAAGGAAUUGUCAAAUCUUCGUCCCGGAGAUCAAUGUGACAUUAUUGGCCUCGUUACAUUUGUUGGGAGACAAGAACGCAUUCGAAGCAAAGAGCACGCUGACGAAUUUUUGGUUUACCGCUGGGUCCACCUGAUUGAUGGGACAGCCUGUGAGCCUUUUGUGUUGAAGCUUUUCUCCACUUGCCAACCAGAGAUCCAGACCAAAGUUUAUCCAUGCAGCAUUUUGGACAAUGCCGUGACCUUUCUUGUGUGUACCAAUGUCAGGGUGGAAAGCAAAGUGACCGAUCCCAAUGGACCGACAACAUUCCCUUACCUCCUCACCACCGAGUACACUCAGGUGUAUGUAAACGGCUACCAUCAAGGAAAACCGUACGUGAAGAACCCCAAAGUGAAGGAGUUUAUUCAGUGGGUACAAACUGCCAAGGAUAAGUACAGGGAGAGGCUGAGUCACUCUCGAAUCGGCGGGUAUUACACCUUUCCUCCUCUGCCCUGCAGCGAGCGGGAUUAUCGGCAAGAAGUGCUUGGUGGAUCAGCCUUGACCACCAUGUCAGAACUGAAACAGCUCCUGGAUCAGCUGGAGUACAGAGAAUACAGGAGGGUCACUGUCCAAGGGCACAUCAGCUCUGUGAAGUACAAGCCACUGAACGCUGAAGAUGGAGAGGAAGUUCUUGUCUUCAACCCCGAUGAAACCAGCAGUACAAAGGAGAGGGCCUAUACUGGCAAUUCAGUCAAAGGCAACCUUUCCUUCCAGAGCACUGGAAGGAGCCACAGCCCUGUGAUCCCUGUCAUAAGAACUUCACAGAGAAAAAGAGUGGCCUCACCACUGCGAAAAAGAAAAACAAGGAAAGGAGUAACCCGCAGGAAAAGACAAGCUCGACCAAGGCUCGUAAAAGGCACAGAAUCAAGCAGCGAAGAAGAGCCUGCUUCUCUAACACACACAGGCGUGAAAAUCACAGAAGGCCAUGUGAGCUCUGACCAAGAGGUUAGUUUUCUCAGGGCUUGCCAGGAGUUCUACACAGACUCUGAUGAGAUAGGGGUGACAUCCAGUGAUGUAGUGCCCAGCUCAUCUCAGAUCGGUGGUCCAUGGACUGGCCGUCCAUGGCAACUGGAGCAUCUUGCCCACACUGGGGAUGUCGCACAGAUGGUGGCUCGAAACUUCCGCCUCAGGGACAAGACCGUGCUUCUGCAUACCUUUGCUCUUCAGCCGGCCAAAUUCACUGGAGUGCAGGCUAAUCUUGGAAAGAAGCUGGCACAAUGUGAGCUGGCAUGUUGUCAUGGUUACUACACUAUGACCAUUUUAGGACUAAAUCGAGAGCUGUCUUUAGAUGCUGUCUUUCUCGCCACCGUUCCCGGAUUAGACCACCAAGACAUGUGCAGUGCCAAGCAUGACAAAACUCUUAUCUCUGCUUUAGCUCAUGGAGGGAUACCGUCUGGAUGUAUUGACUCAGACAGUGAAGUGAGCUUCUCGCAGCCUCCAGGUGACAUUCUCAGACCUGCGGCCGGCCUGGAGAAGAUGCUUUUCAUCUUUGUCCUCGAUAUCUGCAGCCAAGGAGGCGUCCGAGUUGAAGUCGCUCUCAAUCGUGCCUAUGUCCAACACCAUGCUCUCUGACCAGUUAGGCCUUUUCUAUUUAUCCCCCUCUUUAAUGCCAGCAGUAUCACAAUGAAUACAGUUAUGACUUACUGCAUUAUUUAAAAUUCUUUUUAUGCACCUUUCGUUCUGCUUUUAUGAAAAGAGAAAAAUAUGUUUUUGUUCCUGUGGAACUGUAUCACUGUCAUCAUUAAAGAUGUUUUUUUGUUACAGAAGUUGUGCUCAGGAAAUCAGCCAGCAAGCACAGGUACCCUAGCUGCGGUGGGUCCUACUGUACGGAUGAAUCAGUACCAUUGGCCAUAAAGGGAGAUGUGGUGGCUGAGGUCAUCACUGCAGAGUCUGUGCAGGUUACCCUUACUAUAUUUGCCCAUGGGAGCAUUAUACAGGGAUGGGCACACCUGCUCCCAUCACAGCAUUGCAUUAGUACCACAAUUGUGUAAUGAUACAGAAAGGUUUUUCUAUAUCUGAUCAGUUUUUGACUUUUAUUCCAAGACUUCUGUUUUGUGUGGAUUUUGUUUCAAGGGCAAAAUUAAAAUGACUGUAGUAACCUGGCCAUAGCACAGCCUCUGCAGUGCCGACUUAUCACAAUAGAUGGUUCUGUUCCUCUCUAAUCUGAAGAGAGGUAAACAAGUAGGAGGACAGGAAUCCCCACUAUCCCCUGUACCAGUGAAUAC